AUGUCAUUCCAACCGGAGGAUGUCAUUCCAACCACGCAGGAUGACAUUCCAACCACGCAGGAUGUCAUUCCAACCACGCAGGAUGUCAUUCCAACCACCCAGACUGGCAUUCCAACCACACAGGAUGUCAUUCCAACCACGCAAGAUGUCAUUCCAACCACGCAGGAUGUCAUUCCAACCAUGCAUGAUGUCAUUCCAACCACGCAGGAUGUCAUUCCAACCACGCAGGAUGUCAUUCCAACCACCCAGACUGACAUUCCAACCACGCAGGAUGUCAUUCCAACCACGCAGGAUGUCAUUCCAACCACGCAGGAUGUCAUUCCAACCAUGCAGGAUGUCAUUUCAACCACCCAGACUGACAUUCCAACCAACCAGUCACCCAAUUCAACCACCCAGACUAAAACCCCGAACACCAAGUCCAACAUCCACACCAUCCCGUGA